UUAUUUCAUGCAGCUUUUAUCAGUCAUCACUAAUUUCAAAUUUCUCUUCUCUCCCUCUAUCCUCCCUCCACUUCCAAAAAGAUAUUGGUGAGGAUCUUAUCAGAAGCAUUGGCCACCUUUUGCCUUCUGCCCAUGAUUGCUAGGGGCAGUGACCCCAAAAGGGGUCGUCUUCGGCCGCAAAUGGCCAUGGCAUUGGCCAUUGUUCUGAUUUCUACUACCGUGGCUUCCGUUGCUGCUGAUGGUUACCCAUACUAUUCUCCUCCACCACCUUCUUAUGAGUACAAGUCACCUCCGCCACCAUCUCCUUCACCACCACCACCAUACGAGCACAAAGCUCCACCUUAUGUGUACAAGUCACCUCCUCCACCAUCUCCUUCACCACCACCACCUUACGAAUACAAGUCUCCACCACCUCCUUCCCCAUCACCUCCACCUCCGUAUGAGCACAAGGCUCCACCGUAUGAAUACAAGUCACCUCCACCACCAUCUCCUUCACCACCACCUCCUUAUGAGUACAAGUCUCCACCUCCACCAUCACCAUCCCCUCCCCCACCUUACUAUUACAAGUCUCCUCCACCACCUUCUCCAUCACCUCCACCUCCUUACUACUACAAAUCUCCCCCACCACCUUCACCCUCCCCUCCUCCACCAUACUACUACAAGUCUCCUCCUCCACCCUCUCCCUCCCCUCCACCUCCUUACUACUACAAAUCUCCCCCACCACCCUCACCUUCCCCUCCUCCACCAUACUACUACAAGUCUCCUCCCCCACCCUCUCCUUCCCCUCCACCUCCUUACUACUACAAAUCCCCCCCACCACCCUCACCCUCCCCUCCUCCACCAUACUACUACAAAUCUCCUCCACCACCCUCUCCCUCCCCACCACCUCCUUACUACUACAAAUCUCCCCCACCACCCUCUUCAUCCCCUCCCCCACCUUACUAUUACAAGUCUCCUCCCCCGCCAUAUGAGCACAAGGCUCCACCAUACUACUACAAGUCUCCGCCUCCGCCCUCUCCAUCACCUCCACCUCCUUACUACUACAAAUCUCCCCCACCACCCUCACCCUCCCCUCCUCCACCAUACUACUAUAAGUCUCCUCCACCACCCUCUCCAUCACUUCCACCUCCUUACUAUUACAAAUCUCCCCCACCACCCUCUCCCUCCCCUCCUCCACCUUACUACUACAAGUCUCCUCCUCCACCUUCUCCCUCACCUCCACCUCCUUACUACUAUAAAUCUCCUCCACCACCAUAUGAACACAAGGCCCCACCAUACUAUUACAAAUCCCCACCACCUCCUUCACCGUCUCCUCCACCACCAUAUUAUUAUAAAUCCCCACCACCUCCUUCACCGUCUCCUCCGCCACCAUAUUAUUACAAAUCUCCUCCACCACCUUCACCAUCUCCUCCACCACCUUAUUAUUACAAAUCUCCUCCUCCUCCAUCUCCAAUCCCCCAUCCACCUUACUACUACAAUUCUCCACCACCUCCUGUAAAAUCGCCACCACCACCAACACCUUACUACUAUAAAUCCCCACCACCACCCAAGUACACUCCACCUCCAUAUUACUAUAAUUCUCCUCCUCCACCUGUUGUGUAUCCUCCACAUCCUUACCCACAUCCCUACCACCACCCAUUGAUUGUGAAGGUAGUGGGUAAAGUAUAUAGCUACAAAUGUUAUGACUGGGAGUAUCCCGAAAAGUCUCAUGAUAAGAAACACCUCAAAGGUGCUGUUGUUGAGGUAAAAUGCAAAGCUGGAAGGAACAUCAUCAAGGCCUACGGUAAAACUAAGAGCAAUGGAAAGUAUAGCAUCACAGUUCCGAACUUUAAUUAUGUCAAAUAUGGUUCCGUAGUGUGCAAAGCCAAGCUUUAUGCUCCACCUAAAAACUCUCCCUUCAACAUACCUACUAAGCUCAACGAGGGAACCGACUUGAAGGUCAAAUCCAAAGAUAAGUAUGAAGUUGUGCUCAAGGCUAAGCCCUUCGCUUAUGCUUCUAAGAAGCAUUUUGAAGAAUGUGAAAAACCUAAGCCUUCACCAACUCCUUACUACUACAAGUCACCUCCUCCUCCUACACCAGUUUACAUAUACAAGUCACCGCCUCCACCGUCACCAACUUACACGUACAAGUCACCCCCUCCGCCUGUCCAUUAUUAUUCUCCUCCGUAUUACUACAAGUCACCUCCCCCUCCUGUGAAAUCACCCCCUUAUUAUUACAAUUCUCCACCUCCACCAUCUCCUGUACCUACACCUCCUUACUACUACAAGUCACCUCCUCCUCCAACACCAGUUUACAAGUACAAUUCCCCACCACCACCAUCACCAACUUACUUGUACAAAUCACCUCCUCCACCAUCACCUACUUACUUGUACAAGUCACCACCUCCACCAUCACCUACUUACGUGUACAAGUCUCCACCUCCACCUGUACAUUACUAUUCUCCUCCAUAUUACUACAAGUCUCCACCUCCACCAUCACCUAUACCUAACCCUCCUUACUACUACAAAUCACCUCCUCCUCCAACACCAGUCUAUAAGUACAAAUCUCCGCCUCCACCCGUCCAUUAUUAUUCUCCACCUUAUUACUACAAGUCUCCACCACCACCAUCUCCAUCCCCUCCACCUCCAUACUAUUACAAAUCUCCUCCACCUCCAAGAUCAUCCCCCCCUCCACCAUACUAUUAUCAUUCUCCUCCCCCACCUAAAGAAAUUCCACACCCACCAUACUACUAUAAGUCACCACCCCCACCAUCACCAUCCCCUCCUCCACCAUACUAUUACAAGUCUCCUCCACCACCUUCACCAUCCCCUCCCCCACCUUACUACUACAAGUCUCCUCACUACUAUAAGUCACCACCCCCACCAUCACCAUCCCCUCCUCCACCAUACUAUUACAAGUCUCCUCCACCACCUUCACCAUCCCCUCCCCCACCUUACUACUACAAGUCUCCUCCACCACCUUCACCAUCCCCUCCCCCACCUUACUACUACAAGUCUCCUCCACCACCUUCACCAUCCCCUCCCCCACCUUACUACUACAAGUCUCCACCACCACCAUCACCAUCCCCUCCUCCACCAUACUAUUACAAGUCACCACCUCCACCAUCACCAUCCCCUCCACCUCCAUACUAUUACAAAUCUCCUCCACCACCCUCACCAUCCCCUCCCCCACCUUACUACUACAAGUCUCCACCACCACCAUCGCCAUCUCCACCACCUCCUUAUUACUACAAAUCACCUCCACCACCAUCCCCAUCACCUCCACCUCCAUACUAUUACAAGAGUCCCCCUCCACCAUCUCCAUCCCCUCCACCUCCGUACUAUUACAAGAGUCCACCUCCACCGUCUCCCUCCCCUCCUCCCCCAUACUACUACCACUCUCCACCACCACCAUCGCCAUCUCCACCACCUCCUUACUACUACAAGAGUCCCCCUCCACCAUCUCCAUCUCCUCCACCUCCAUACUAUUACAAGAGCCCACCCCCACCUUCUCCGUCCCCUCCUCCCCCAUACUACUAUCACUCUCCACCACCACCAUCGCCAUCUCCACCACCUCCCUACUAUUACAAAUCACCUCCACCACCAUCCCCGUCACCUCCACCUCCUUACUAUUACAAAUCUCCCCCACCUCCAUCUCCAUCUCCACCACCUCCUUAUCACUAUCAAAGUCCUCCUCCACCAUCUCCCACUCCUCGUACUCCCUACUACUACAAAUCCCCUCCACCACCAACGUCGUCUCCUCCACCUCCUUACCAUUAUGUGAGUCCUCCCCCACCUAUAAAAUCUCCUCCACCUCCAUACCACUACACAUCACCACCUCCUCCAUCCCCAUCUCCGGCUCCCACAUACAUUUACAAAUCACCUCCCCCUCCAGUGAAAUCACCGCCACCACCAGUUUACAUUUAUGCUUCCCCGCCACCACCAAUCUACAAGUAAGCUGGGAAUUCGAAAGUACUGUUCCCUAUAAAUCAUGUUUUAGUUUUCAUCAAGGAAUAAAUGCAACCUCCAUUUGGAACAGAGUGAAACAUUUAGCUUCCUGCCCAAGUUCUUUCAAUAAAAGUCUGAAUGUAUCAUCUCAGAGCUAUAUUUGUGAUUCAGACAAGAUUGAGUUUAUAUCUUUGGUGGCCAUCUUGCACAUCGCAAUCUUAUUGAGUUCAAGUGACAAACAAAUCAAAAUGAGGAAGCGAAAUUUGAAAUGUAAAUGCCAAGUGAAAGUCAUAAGUACAGUAUGCUUUUAGUGAUCUCUUUAAUUUAUUUGUGCAUAGAUAAAUAUGGCCAUGUAUGAUUGCUUUUAUAUUUAUUGUGCCAUUUUUGUAUUGUGUUUGAAAUAAGUGUUAGUAACCAAGAAGAACAUGUCAUUUCUAUCCACAAAUUAAUUUGUUUAUUUCAAAGCAUGAUUGUCGCUA